CAAAGGGGUGCAAUCGCAAUUGCUCACGCGAGAUCAAAUCCGCUCCGAAUCCAAUUUCACAGUGUGAAGGGAGAAGAUGAUGCAGUGGUACGUCGUCGCUUCAUUCCUCACCGUUCUCACAAGCUCUCAGGGGAUAUUGACGACAUUGUCUCAGAGUAAUGGGGGGUACAAGUAUGACUAUGCUACUGUGCCUUUUCUUGCUGAAGUUUUUAAGCUAAUUGUGUCUAGUUUGAUGCUGUGGAGAGAAUGCCAGGCAUCGCCUCCUCCUAAAAUCACGACUGAUUGGAGAAGUGUGCGGUUGUAUCCGAUUCCGUCAGUCAUAUACCUCAUUCACAACAAUGUGCAGUUUGCCACAUUGACUUAUGUUGAUACCUCCACUUAUCAGAUAAUGGGAAACUUAAAGAUUGUUACGACUGGAAUACUGUUCAGGCUAUUUUUGAGGAGGAAGCUUUCUAAUUUGCAGUGGAUGGCUAUCGUUCUAUUGGCUAUUGGAACAACCACAAGCCAGGUCAAAGGUUGUGGAGAAACUUCUUGUGAGUCGCUCUUCUCGUCUCCAAUUCAAGGAUACAUGCUGGGUGUAUUAUCAGCUUGUCUCUCUGCUCUGGCUGGUGUGUACACGGAAUUCUUGAUGAAAAAGAACAAUGACAGCUUAUAUUGGCAGAAUAUUCAAUUAUACACAUUUGGUGCAAUAUUCAACAUGGCCAAACUGGCUACUGAUGAUUUCAGAAGUGGAUUCGAGAAUGGUCCAUGGUGGCGACGUCUUUUCGAUGGAUACAGUGUAACAACUUGGCUGGUAGUGCUAAAUCUUGGUUCGACUGGACUGCUAGUAUCGUGGUUGAUGAAGUAUGCAGAUAACAUCGUUAAGGUGUAUUCAACGUCGAUGGCCAUGUUAUUGACAAUGCUGGUAUCUGUGUACAUUUUCCAUUUCAAACCGACUCUUCAGCUCUUUUUGGGAAUUGUGAUCUGCAUGAUGUCACUGCACAUGUAUUUUGCCCCUCCAACCGUGCUUGUGGACUUGCCUCUGACGGCAAAAGCAUCACCUGAAAAUCUGGAUGAAGUUUCUGCUAAUCGAAGAACAGCUUCCUAGAGUUCAACUUCAAGUGAGCCUCAGUCCUCUCAAAUCAUCCCUUUUUUCAUUCAGGAAAUUGCAGAGAGGAAUAGUUUCCAAUCCUCAGAGGAUGGAAAAUGUAGAGUCGCAACCUGUAGAAACAUGGAACUAAGACAGAAUCACCACAUGAUUUUUUACAGGAGCAAGUUAGUUAGUUAGUUGGCUGUAUGAAAAUCUUGUUGAGUACAUGAUCGUGAAAAUUCUUGCUAUCCGAGUUCAGCUUGUUAGACUCAAGUGUACGAACCAUUCCAAGUCUAUAUCGGUGUAUAGCCACAUCUAAUCUUGUUAUACACUCUUUUGGAACAUUUUGUAGUUGUUACACAAUUGUUUAUACAA